AUGACCAUCCUCAAGGGAGCCAUUUACGGCUUGUUGGGUGCCAGUGGCUGCGGCAAGACGUCACUCCUCAAGUGCCUGGUCGGUCUGUGCAAGCCGGACUCGGGCAAGGUGCUCAUUUUCGGUCAGCAAGCUGCACCGAGACUGGUGCCUGGUCCGGGCGUCGGAUUCAUGCCACAGGAGCUAGCGCUUCACUCUGACUUCACAAUAGCCGAGAACAUGUACUUCUUCGGCCAGCUGCUCGGUAUGCCCUUGGAGAAGAUCUAUGAGCGGAUCAGCUUCCUCUGCUCUUUCUUCCAGCUGUUGCCCGCCAACAGAUUUGUCGAGCACCUCAGCGGCGGCCAGCAGCGGCGCGUGUCCCUGGCUGUGGCACUGAUGCACCAGCCUCCAUUCCUCAUCCUGGACGAGCCCACCGUGGGUCUGGACCCGGUGCUGCGCGAGGCCAUCUGGCGCUACUUCCUAGUGCUAUCUAAGGUGGACGGCGUGACCCUGCUCGUCACCACGCAUUUCAUCGAGGAAAUCGCCGAGGCUGCCACGGUGGGUGUGAUGAAGAAUGGCAAAAUUUGGUGUGAGCGGCCGCCGGACGAACUCAUGCAGACGUAUGGCACGGCUACCCUGGCUGAGUCCUACCUAAAGGUGUGCCAGGCACUGGACUUUCCUCCGGCGCCCACUGAAAAACAGGCGCUGACGAACGCUGAAAAGAAGGUCAAGGAGACGCGGCCAGUGCUCGAGAAGCCGAACUCGACGAGGCGCCCUCGGCUGGCCCCUGCGUCACCCGUGAAGCCGUGUCCUAUACCGGAAUCACUGCUCACGUGGACCAACUGGGGACCAGUGCGAAGCUGCCUUCGUGUGAGGGCGCUGGUAGUCAAGAACUUGCUCAAGAUCAUGCGCAAGGUUAUCACGGUGUUGUUCCAGCUGGUGGUGCCGUCUUUUGUGGGCGUCGUGUUCUGCCUGUUCGUGGGAGGCAAGCCUUCCUAUCUACCGGUGGGUGUGGUCAACGAAGACAAGAACGGCUCAUUCAGCAAAGCCUUCCUCGCCGAGAUCUCCAAUGAGACCGUAACGCAGAAGCCGUUUCCGGAUAUCCGCCAGGCCUUUGAUGCGGUGCUUGGUGAAGAGGCCUGGGGCACCAUCCACAUACCACCAAACUACACGAAGGAGUUGAACUUCAGGGUGCACUCAAAAUCGCUCAGGGGAUACACCAAGGGGUUCUUGGUCAACUUCUUCCUGGACGCGACCGAUUACACCAUCCGGAACACGUUGCAGUUAGAGAUCUUGGAAGCACACACCAGGUAUCUGAAGGUGCUCUCCCACAACUUGACCAGCCUGAAUUUCUCCCUUCAAACAAUACGGUUUACGGAUCCUUUCUACCAGGCCUUCGACUUCACCUUCCGGGAGUUCAUGAGCCCUGGCCUCAUAGUCGCUACGCUCUUUGCCUUGUCCAUGUCUCUGACGGCGCUGUUGCUCGUAGCCGAGAACCAGGAAGGAAUCCGUGGACGAUCCAUCGUAGCCGGCGUGACACCGGUGGAGGUGAUCACAAGCCAUGCGGUGGUUCAGAUGUCCAUGGCGUACAUGCAGACGGUACUCAUGCUCGUGGUGUUCGUCAGCGUCUUCGACACUCCUGACGAGGCGACGGCCCUGCUGCUCUCGAUGGCCGCCCUCUAUCCAGCACUUCUCAUGGGAGGUGUGCUAUGGCCCGUCGAAGGCGCCCCGGAGGUACUGCGUCCCUUCAGCUGGGCCGUACCGCAGGCCCUUCCGGCACAUGCUAUGCGCGGCGUCAUGCUGAGGAACUAUACGUACGACAACGUGCAUGUUGUGCGGGCUGCGGGAGUGACGGCCGGCUGGACGCUGGCCUUCAUGGCUUUCGCCAUGAUCAUGUACUCGCUUUCAAAGUGA